AUGUGUGGCUCCAAUCCUGACUCCAAAGUGAGUGAAGAGACAGCCCAGGAGAAAUCUCAGAGGCGUGGGUUCAGGGUACACCAGAACCCUCCGUGGUUCUUGAAUAUCCUAUUGGCUGUGCAGCAUGUGGUGAUCCAGUCCUCUAUGCUGGUGUUGGUCCACAGUCUUCUAAACCAAACCCUUCAGGAGGAAGGGGGAGAAUGGAGCCAGUACAAUUACCAGUGUAUGGCUACAAGCCUGUUCAGCUCUGGGAUCUCCACACUCCUGCAAACCAUGCUGGGGACAAGGCUGCCCCUGCUUCAAGCUCCCUCCAUGGAAUUCCUCAUCCCUGCAGUCAUACUGACCUCACAAAAGAUUCACAGAGACAACAGGAACGGGACUGAGGUAAACUACACUUUACUGCAGACAGACAGUGUGAGCUGGAGUGAGCCAGUCAGAGAGCUCCAGGGAGCUGUUGUCAUAGCUGGAAUCCUUCAGAUUCUGCUGGGCCUGUCCGGUGUGUGUGGUGUACUGUCUCUGCACUGUGGACCUCUGGUGAUUGCACCAACUCUCUGCAUCAUUGGCUUCUCUAUAUUCAAGGAGGCAGCUCUCUUUUGCUCUGCGAACUGGGGUGUCGCAGCACUUGUGGUACUGCUGAUCAUCCUCCUGUCUCAGCACUUCCACUCCUAUCUGCAUCAUACUCUUUUAUCCAUCACUGAAAUCUUGCUACCUGUCGUGUGUGUUUGGAUUGUGUGCACCUCUUUGGAAGCCGCUCACAUUUUCCCUCGACAGCAUGUUGAAGAGCUAGCCUUCUCCAGGGACAGGAAUAUCAGCGACUUCGUUCCCUGGCUCUGGAUCCCUUUUCCAGGUGAACGGGGUCUGCCUCUGAUGACUGUCCCCUCGCUGGCUGCAGGGGUUGCAGCAGCUCUCUCUGCUGGGAUGUGCUCGCAGGAAUGCUACAUGGCCACAGCGAGGCUGUUGGAGGCCCCUCCCCCUCCACCACAGGCCUAUAAUCGCGGCCUCUGCAUGGAGGGCCUGGGCAGCACCAUCGCGGGAAUGUUGGGCAGUGUUACCGGGGUAACCACCAGUGUGGCCAAUGCCUGCGCUCAUGGGCUAAAUCAGUGUGGCUCAAGACAAAGCAUCCAGCUGUCAGCUGUGCUGUGUUUACUGUUGGGAGCGUCACCUAAACUGACACAACUGCUGGCCACCAUUCCACUGGCUGUCCACGGGGGAAUUCUAAGUGUCACCUACACUGUUGCCAUAGCAACUGGCAUCACCUACUUCCAGAACACAGACAUGGACUCCGGCCGGAACAUCUUCAACAUCGGGUUCACUGUGUUCAUGGGUCUAUUGGUUCCACAGUGGGUGAGCAAGAACCCGGGCAGCAUUGUGACAGGUGUACAGAGCAUCGAUGUUCUAUUGCUGUCUCUCCUCACCAUUCCUGUGUUUCUGGGUGGAGUUCUAGCCUUUCUCUUAGACAACACUGUCUCAGGGACUGCACAAGAGCGAGGUCUUCCUGCUGAUGUGUCCGGGAGCAGAGCCUCAGCAGCGGCAGGAUACUCCGAGCAGCAAGCUCUCGUCUACAGCUUACCCUCCGCUGUGAGAAUGCUCCUGGCCCAUCGCCGCCUUGCAAACUUCCCCUUCUGCACAAUAAGUCCACCAGAGGAAGUACCAUCUCUGGAGGAAGUGACAUCGGCAGAGGAGAGGGCAGAUUUGCUGCUCUCCUGCAGGUCUGAGGGAGAGGCAACUCCAAACUGGCACAAGGAAAAGGUUCCCAAUUCUGAAUGA